UGCUGUAUAAAAAGUGAGCGAACACGCGCAGUUUCCGUCUCCUUUGUCUCCUCUUCCUCCUCAGCUCCCUCUCGACGCGAGCCCAGCAAGAACUCCACCAUCCAUCCGUCGCCCUGCCUCCGUCUCCGUCUCCGUCCGGCGGGAUCGCGAUCGUUGACGUAUUGACAUGGCGGCGGAGGCGAGGCACUUCAAGUACGUCGUCCUCGGCGGCGGCGUCGCGGCGGGGUACGCGGCCAGGGAGUUCGCCAAGCAGGGGGUCAACCCCGGCGAGCUCGCCAUCAUCUCCAAGGAACCGGUGGCACCGUAUGAGCGCCCUGCACUCAGCAAGGGAUACCUCUUCCCUCAGAAUGCCGCAAGACUGCCUGGGUUCCACACGUGUGUGGGGAGCGGUGGAGAGAGGCUGCUUCCUGAAUGGUACUCAGAGAAAGGCAUUGAGCUGAUCCUGAGCACUGAGAUUGUGAAGGUUGACCUUGCCUCGAAGACUCUGACCAGUGCAGCUGGGGCAACCUUCACAUAUGAGAUCUUGCUCAUUGCUACUGGCUCCUCGGUCAUAAAGCUCACAGACUUUGGUGUUCAAGGAGCAGAAUCCAACAACAUAUUGUAUCUAAGGGAUAUUGCCGAUGCUGAGAAAUUGGUGGCUGCUAUGCAAGCAAAGAAGGAUGGAAAGGCUGUGAUUGUUGGAGGUGGUUACAUAGGGCUUGAGCUUAGUGCAGCCUUGAAAAUCAACAACUUUGAUGUCACUAUGGUGUACCCUGAACCCUGGUGCAUGCCCCGUCUCUUCACCUCUGGCAUUGCUCAUUUCUAUGAGGGCUACUAUGCUAACAAAGGAAUCAAGAUUGUGAAGGGUACAGUUGCUGUUGGUUUCGAUGCUGAUGCCAAUGGAGAUGUCACUGCAGUGAAGUUGAAGGAUGGAAGAGUACUGGAAGCUGACAUCGUUAUUGUUGGCGUUGGCGGCAGGCCAUUGACGGCUCUCUUCAAAGGCCAAGUUGCCGACGAGAAAGGUGGACUCAAGACCGAUGCAUUCUUCGAGACAAGCGUUCCCGGAGUAUACGCCAUUGGCGACGUGGCCACCUUCCCCCUGAAGCUCUACAACGAGCAGCGUCGAGUGGAGCAUGUCGACCACGCCCGGAAGUCCGCCGAGCAGGCCGUCCGGGCGAUCAAGGCGAAGGAGUCCGGCGAGUCGGUGCCCGAGUACGACUACCUGCCCUACUUCUACUCCCGGUCGUUCGACGUGGCGUGGCAGUUCUACGGCGACAACGUCGGCGACGACGUGCUGUUCGGCGACAACGACCCGGCCUCGGCCAAGCCCAAGUUCGGGAGCUACUGGGUCAAGGACGGCAAGGUCGUCGGCGUGUUCCUCGAGGGUGGGUCAGCCGAGGAGAACCAGGCCAUCGCCAGGGUCGCCAGGGCCCAGCCGGCGGUGGCUGACGUCGAGGCGCUCAAGCAGGAGGGGCUCGAGUUCGCUGCCAAAGUCUGAAGCAAUUCGACAGAUGUUAACAAAGAAGCGUGCCAAUUUGAGCUUAUUUCUUGGCAAUUCUACUUUGGACUUUUCAGAUCGCUUUGAUGCUUCAUAGUAGUUCAAAUAGUUCUGUUAGUGUGAUUGUGAUGUCGAGAGUAGAACCACCGUGUUAUGACCCGAAUAAUAUAGAUGUGAUUUGUAGCAUCUAUGUGCAUAGUCUAUCGAUCGGGUUGUGUUUUGGUGAAUAUCUUAUUCUUAUCGCCAUCUUUCCAA